UAACUGCAAGUAUGAGCGUUCUAUAAACGGAGAGCUCACCCAUAAUCUCACCCCUUCAACACAACCGCCGCGUUUUAGCGUGCACUUGAUUGUGAGCGACACGGUGUCAGCUGUGUGCGGUGAAUACAGUGCGGGGCUGGAAAUGUGUUCUCCUUGUGAUUUUCUUAACAUUUCUUUUCUCCAGGUUAUUUAAGGUUCAGGUAUAUAACAUAUAUACAAAAUAUGUAUUAAUUGACCUUUUAUUAUCGGUGAGGGUUCCAGUCAACAGCAGACUGUUAAUAGCUAAGUUUUUGGGGAGUCAGGGGUUAUAUGCAGAUUUUCAGCGGUACGGGGCGGGGGUGGUGCCCUUGACCGCCCUGUUGCUUUAGGGUCAACUCUAUUUCCUAUUUCCCAUGUAUGUGUUUUUUCCAUGGCUAUCCUCAUAACGUAUAUACCGUCACAGCCUGGUCUUUUCACUGCACAUUCUUUUUACACUGCUGAAAAUAGCUUUCGUCAUUAUCUGUUGAAUGCCUGCAUGAUAAUGCAUCAAGCUCUCUGUGCUUCUAAAGUGCUAAUGUCAUGCAAUUUGUUUUAAAGAUAUUCUUCCCAUGUUUUUCAGAAAAUGGUUCUUUGAAUUGCACCAAUGGUAAAACUUGUCCUCCAGCUUGCACCUGACUUGCCCACGCCCCAGGUCAGCGAGCGGAGGGACCCACACCCCACUCGAAUGCAGAUGCCGCAGGGGAACCCGCUGCUGCUGUCAUACACCCUGCAGGAGCUGCUGGCCAGGGACACCGUGCAGGUGGAGCUCAUUCCCGAGAAGAAGGGCCUCUUCCUGAAGCAUGUGGAAUACGAGGUUUCCAGCCAGCGCUUCAAGUCCUCUGUGUACAGACGGUACAACGACUUUGUGGUUUUCCACGAGAUGCUGCUGCAGAAGUUCCCCUACCGCAUGGUGCCGGCCCUGCCACCCAAGAGAGUGCUGGGAGCCGACCGGGAGUUCAUCGAGGCCCGGCGGAGGGCGCUGAGGCGCUUCAUUAACCUGGUGGCCCGGCACCCCCCAUUCUCCGAGGACGUGGCCCUCCGGCUGUUCCUGUCCUUCAGUGGCCCCGACGUACAGAACAAGUUAAAGGAAUCCGCUCAGUGUGUUGGAGAUGAGUUCUUGAACUGUAAGCUGGCUCCUCGGGCCAAGGACUUCCUCCCGGCCGACAUCCAGACUCAGUUUGCCGUCAGCCGGGAGCUCAUCCGGAACGUCUACAACAGCUUCCACAAGCUUCGAGAUCGGGCCGAGCGGAUCGCGGCGAGGGCCAUCGACAAUGCUGCUGACCUUCUCAUAUUCGGGAAGGAGCUGAGUGCUUUGGGGUCUGAUACGACCCCGCUCCCUUCCUGGGCCUCUCUGAACAGCAGCACGUGGGGGUCCCUUAAACAGGCGCUGAAAGGCCUUUCCGUUGAAUUUGCACUGCUUGCUGACAAAGCUGCCCAGCAGGGCAAACAGGAAGAGAAUGACGUGGUGGAGAAAUUGAACCUCUUCUUGGAUUUGCUCCAGUCCUAUAAAGAUCUGUGUGAGCGGCACGAGAAGGGUGUUCUGCACAAGCACCAGCGCGCCCUGCACAAGUACAGCCUGAUGAAGAGGCAGAUGAUGAGCGCCGCUGUGCAGAGCCGCGAGCCCGACUCCGUGGAGCAGCUGGAGUCUCGCAUCGUCGAGCAGGAGAACGCCAUCCAGACGAUGGAGCUUCGGAGCUACUUCUCCCUGUACUGCCUGCACCAGGAGAUGCAGCUGGUCCACGUCUACCUGCCCCUCACCUCCCACAUUCUCGGUGCCUUUGUCAACUCGCAGAUCCAAGGGCACAAGGAGAUGAGCAAGGUGUGGAACGACUUGAAGCCCAAGCUCAGCUUCCUCUUCGCUGGACCCAACAGCUCCCUGACCCCGCCGAGGUGUCCGCGGGACGGCGUGUCUCCUCACUAGUGCCAGAGGCCUGGGGCGUGAGCUCUGGGCGGCCUCACUAAAACCUCUUUCCAAAUGGUGUGUCCCUGUUUAAUUCCCUUCAGACAGCGGCUGCCCCCCCCCCACGGGGUCCCCGGUGCUGGGCUGACACCCGGGCCGGGUGGGGCCAGGGUCUGGGUGCUCCUCCCCUCAUGGGGAGCAGGGCCGAGGACAUGACGCCAGGCCUUUUAGCGUCCACGGAAGCCACGGGGAUCUGCUCAGCUGCCCCUGACCCCACCUGCCCGCCGGCCACACUGUGCCUGUGUCUGGCCAGGAGAAUUUGAGGGUCCCUGGAAUGGUUUUCUCCCGAUUUCCAGAGGGUAGGGCAGCAGGAUGGUUUCCAGAUGGCAGGUGCCGGGGGGUCAUGUGCAGGGGCCCCCAGGGGCUUAGAGCAGUCAGGAGGGUCUGGAGGAGCUGACCCCACAGAGGGCAGGACUGUCCCUGGUUGGGUGAGAGGUGGCUGUACCCAGCACAUCCCUGGAGGCCAGCAGGCUGUCCUGGGCAGAUGUGGGAGCGGCAGUGUGAGAGUGCGUGGGGCGGGGACUCAGGGGCGCUGGACACACAGUGUUGAUUUCAGAGGACAAGCCCCAGGGAGUGCCGUGGGGGCCCUGGUCUGGUCUCUAGGGCAAAGUGUCCUGUGUGCCUCCCUGCGUGCACGCUCACUCUCUGACCCAUGUGUAGCCGGUAGUGCGCGAUGUCGGAGACAAGUUGAAGUGGUGCUUCUGCCUGUCCAAGUGCAGCAACGGCUCCGUCCUCGCAGCUGCCUGGACGCCCCUCUCUUUGCAGACCGCACCUUGAGCCUGGACACUGGAAGGGCAGAGGAGGGUGGGCGGGGGGUGGUGUCCCAGCUGGGCUGUGCAGGAGGGGUCCGUGCCUCGUGGCUGACCCACUUUACACAACCUCACUUACUCUAGGCCCUCAGACCCCUCCUUCUAGCCUCCCUACCACACCCACAGGCCCAGAGGGCGUCUUUUCAGGAGCUCUGGGGCUCGUGUGUGUCUAGGGCCCGGGCGCUUCCUGCUCUGAAUCCCUUUCGUGUGAACACAGGCAGGCGCUUCCUCCCAGGCCUGCGGCUCUUGGAGCGCACCGUUCCCUGGCCCUGAGCGCUGCCAGGGGAGGUUCUGACCGCACUACAGGAUUCCUGAGAUUCAUGCCUCCCGGGGGUGCGCGCAGACUCGUGGGGCUUUUCCUGGGUCACGUCCACUGUAUCUGCACACAGCAUGGGGACCAAGGGUAAUUUCUCUACCCGCAGACAGGUGGGCUUCCCCGAGGACACCAUGCACACCACAGCCUGGGGGACGACCGUGUCGGGCCGGGACUCGGGCCCGCCCCUCGUGUGGCUUCUGCCGGUGCUGGUGGAGCAGCCGUGGGGGUGCGGGGGAAGGCCGGCUGUGCCCCACCCAGCCCGAGGCCCCGCGACCACGGCUCGUGUCUCCCUGGGCUGACGAGGAGAUGGGCAGCGUAUCCGCAGAGCCCAGCAUGUCAGGGGCCGUUUUGGUCACUGGCCUGUUCUGGGCGGUGCUCGCGUUCUGAUGCCCACCGUAGAAAUGUGUUCUCAGGCACUGUGAGUGGUCUGUACCGCCCCGCAGGGCUGCCCCCACGGCCCUGUGUGCCCUCGAGCCAUAAAGCGUGAUCUCUAAGCCUCCUGUUCAUCCCUGUUUGCUGCUCACCUGCCCGCGGCCGGCGAGGGACAGGCCACCCCAGGACAGUGCAGAGCCGGGGAGACACCCCGAGUAGGCCCCGCCUUGCACGCUCUGGGGCUGGGGGCGCAGGCAUUGGUCAGCAGCACGAAGGUGGGAGGGCCUCCUCACCCAGGUCACUAAGGAGACUUCCAGCACCAGACUGGCAGUGUGCUUUCUGAAGAGGACCUGCGGGCGACUCCAGGUUCCCGUGGCCUCUCCCUGUGGUGGAAGCCAGGAGCCACUCCUGCCUGCAGCUCUUGCCCGCAGGGGCACUUCUGGGCCAUCCCCUCCCUCCCCCAGGCCUGCAGGGAGGUCAACAGACAGAUGGAGAGACUUGCUGGGGGUGGGGUCAUGUCCUUUCUGUGCCCUCAGCUGGGGACACUAGAGGUCACCUUUUGUCCCACACAGAGCCUCCGUGUGCCCGAGCCUGGGCUGCUAGUGGAUUCCUGGGCUUGGGUUUUUCUGCUCAGUGGUGUCUGGGGAGGCCUCGGCUGCCUGGGAGAGCAGAAGGGCCUUACUUGUCUUCCAUGGCCUGUGUGGUCUGAAUGCCACAGGGACAGCCCUGCUCCCUGAUUCCGGCAAGGCUGGAGUGGAGCCCCGCCCGGGACCUUCCAGCCUGGACCCCGCUCGCUCGCUAUCGCCUGCAGAGCAGGAGUGGGACACAAUGGCUCUGAUACAGGCGCACGCGGGACCCCACACGGACUGAGGUCACGCUGGUCCCAUCUGCCCUCAAGGCCCUCCCUCGGUGACGCGGUUUGAUGUAUGGAGCACUUUAUAUGGCUGUAGGGGUCAGUUACUACUAUGCCCAGUAAACUCAAACUGUUCACAGAUGGCCUGCAUUCCAAAAUUUUUAUUAACAAACAUGAACACCCAUUAAACCUGUUUAUGAAA